UUUACCCUUUUCCUUGCCGCGUUUCUUCGCUCACUUCAGAGUCUACGCUAGACUACACUGUCCGUAAAACAAGGGUUGGCGUAUUUAUCUCAUCAGAAAGAUCCUUUUUGUCUCAAAGCCCUAAACCCAUCCCACACCCACUAUUUCCCGCCAAUCCCUAGCUCUGCUCCAUCCAAAGGGACCGCGUUUCACAGCCCUAGCCCUCAUCGCUCUCCGAGAAUCGAAAUUCAUCUGUCCUAAAAAUGGCGACGAUCACUUCCAGAGAUGUUGAAGAGAUCGUCUCAAAGCUCUCAUCAGACAAAACCAAAGCUCGAGAAGAAGGAAUUAAAUUGUUGAAUGCCUGGUUAGAAGGUGAAAAGUCAAUCAGAUUCUGUAAAUUUCUUGGACAUAACACUGCAAUGCUUAAACCGAAUGAAAUACCUCACUCUGAAACAUGGCCUUUUCUUGUUACAUUGCUCAUCCGCUGUGUAUCAUUGGAGAUAUCUUCAAGUAAGAAGCGAUUGCCAAAGUUAGUAUUUGCCAAAACACUUCGAAUUGUUGUGCAACGAGCAGAAGAUGCUAAAUUUUCUGGCAAGAUGUUGCCCCUGUUAACUGUGGUUAAGCCUCUGUUUAGUCAUAUCUCCGAUGUGUUAAGGGAUAUCCCAAGCUUUCAGUCUGAAUAUGGCAUCAUGCUCAGACAUAUUUUGGCAGUCAGAGAUUAUCGCUUCCACAUGAGGAAUCGGGUCUAUUGCAAUUUGGUGCUUCUAUACAUGGGUAAGGUGGAAACAAGCUUCAGUGAGAAGAGUAAUAGUCAAUACAAUCCAAAAGAGGAAGUCUUCCGUUGCGUGUUGACACUCCAUUCGCUUCUGGAAAAUCCUCCUGGAGAUUUUCCUGAUAAUCUUAGGGAAGACGCUGUCAAGGGGUUUAUUGGAAUUUUCUCUUUUCUCAGGGAUGAGGGAAAGAUUGCACGCAAGCUAAUUGAAUGCAUUAAUAUAUUCUUGUUAAAGGAUGGUCCAAAUUUAGGUUGUCAGUGCUUGGAAAUCCAUAAUGCCGUUCAACAAUUUGUGUUACGUAGUUGGCUCACAAGCCAUGAUCGGGGUCUCAAGGAUGCAGUUAUAUCUUAUGCAAGAUUACAGCUAAAUCUAACUAGAGGUGCUGCUGAUGGGAGUCCUUUAGUGGAACAACUUCUGGAUGUGGUUGGAAGGGAACUAGAUCAGACCAAUAUUUCCAGCACUAGUGUUCCUUGGAGUGACACAACUAAGGAUGAUAGACUUGGAACUUUGACAAGCUCACAGUGUGGAUUGGUGGAGCUUGCUGCACUUGUCUUCUACCGGGCAUGUGCUAAUCCGCUUAAGGCACCAUCAACAGCAAAACGAGCUAAGAGGGAGCAUGCUGCCGCCUAUUUUAGAGAGGGUCUCAUGAAAGGAAAAUGGUUAUGGAAUGCUGCCUUUUGCUGUCUUACUCAUAACUAUCACACUCGUAUUUGUAAGGAUCUAUUCGUGUAUUGGUUUGAAGGCAUAUGCACUAGCUUUGAAAGAAUUUUGAAUGAGGCCAAUAUGGAGCAUGCUUAUGAUGGUUUGCUAUGGACUCUCCGGAGUUUGCAGGAAUUCUCUUCUGAGCUGCUGCUUCCAGUUUUAGGGGCAGAGAUGUUAAUGAGGCCAUCUUUCACCUCAAAUGAGUUUGAUAAUGGUUGGCAUACAAUAUGGAGCUGUCUAAUGCAUGGGUUACCUAUAUUCAGCAAUAUCACUUCAGUUGUGGAUGCUGCUUUGGUGCUCCUUGGGAACAUAGUUUCUAAUGACCUAAUAAGUACGCCCAUUGUACCUCAAGAAAUAUGGGAUCUUCGGUUAUUUAAACAUAUGCCAUCGGUGUCUGUUUUGUACUUCAUUUCAUGUUAUUUUUCAAGGAAGGGCUCUCAAGGUGACCUUCGAGACAUUUUACAUCUUAGACAAAACCUCUUAAGAGCAGUUUUGGGUUUGCUUGAAUGGAAGGAGUCUUUCAUAUUGAAUGAGCGUAUGGUUGUCUUGUUGCCGGCAACUGUUUAUGCUCUUUGUACUGGUUGUGUUCCUUUCACAGAUUGUUACAAAGGACUUCUCAUUUCGCACUCUUUUUUAGGUGUUCCAGACAGAAUAGAGGACUGGCUUAAGACAGGAGAAUAUGAGCGUGAGAGCCUGCAUGAAGUUUUUGAAUGUUCUGUGGAAGUCCUUGCAGAAAUUGAUCUGAGCUCUAGUGUUAAGGUUUCCCAACCCCAGUGUCAUCAGAAUGUACGUCUUCCCCGACAGUUAAGAGAUCCACUACUGAAUGAAAUGGAAACCUUCAUUCUUGCAACUGUAGGGGAAAAGGAUUCUGGGAAGAUGCUUUUGUCUGAUGUGUUUUUUAUGUGUGCUCUGUUAUCUAAUUUCAUAUACAGUGCAUUUUUAACAAGGCUGAGAGAAGAGCUUUCCUUGUUCAUCAUCAAAUUGGGCAAAUGUGUGGUAAAAUUUCUGGAUCGUGCUGCUUCUAUUGUCCAAGAAAGCCACAAUCAUAUUGGGGAGCAUGGCUGUUUGGCCCGUAACUCCAUUUUUGAUGGAUGGGAUCUGGUGAUAGCUUCCUUUAGAAGCUUGGUUUGCUCUCCUCUUUUCAUCAAAUGGGGAGAUCAAAUUGCUCUUGAUGAUGCACUCUAUAGUACAAUAAUUCAGACCAUUGAGAGGCUUUUAAAGAUUUUGGCUAAUUUAUAUGGGAAGUGUUCUGAUUGCAUAAGGAAUCUUCAGUCUGAGAUAGUCCCUCCAGACUUAUCUGCUUCUGACAUUCCUGUCCAAAAUCCAUGCCCAGUCGAUGGCAGUGAAGUUAGGAUUAUGGACAUGGAAUUGGACGUUAGUGAGGAUUCUAAAAAUGUGGAUAUCAUAGCUGUCAGUGGGACAAUUGCUUCUGGCAUUUCUUUUUCCACAGGGAAGUGGAAGUUGGACAUGAUAUCAUUAAUUUCAAGUUUUUUCCCAGUUUUACCAGCUGUAACAUGGGAAAUCUUAUUUGACCUCAUGAAAAAAGAAACUCAUUCAAAGGUGUGUGAAAAUAUUUUAUUUAGUCUUUGUCAGCAUUCGCACUGGUCCUCUUCGACAAGACUUACAGACAUGGUCAUUUCAAUGAAUAACAUGAUUGACAUGCGAGUGAACCUUAAGCUCCCAUGUUAUGCUAUACUAGCUGCUAUCCGUGCUUUUCUGGGGACUCUAUUAUCCAUGGGCACAGCUGGAAAGGAUAAAUAUGUUGGUAUGUCAAUGAGCAGAAGAGAAUCUGAACAGUGCUUGAUUUCCCUUGGAGAUUUGGUGAACAGAGUUGCUGAAUUCGAUUUUCUUGAUUGGUUUGGGCGCAUUAAGCUGGUCGAUUGCAUCUAUGAUUUUAUUUUGCUUAAUCCUCAAAUUGGUCAGACAAUGAUUGAAAGGCUUCUUACAAUGCUCCGAGAUCAGGAUUAUCGAGUUAGGUUCUUCCUGGCUAGACGGAUUGGUGUUCUUUUCCAAACAUGGGACGGACAUGAUGAGCUCUUCCAGGAUAUUUGCUCAAACUUUGGCAUUAAAUUGGUUAUGUCCUUGAAAGGAAAACUUGUUACAGCAAAGGAGGUCCUAGAUGCUGGCCCUCAGCCUCAUUCGACAAUGGAGACUAUUAUUAUUACUCUAAUGCAUCUUGCAAUGUACAGUGAGAAAAUGGAGUUGGAGGCUGUUUUCAUGAUGUGCACUGUUUCUGCCCUUGAUCCUUGUCAGAGGGAGUUGGUCCUUGCAGCACUUGAUAAUCUGUCAAGAAAACUCCAGUAUACAACUAGGUCAAAGUACUUGGAGGAGCUUAUAGGAUCUAUUCUCUUUUGUUGGGUCACAUGUGGCGUAAGCUUAGUUGCACUUGUUGAGAUAAGGGACCAUUUUGUUCCAAGUGUUGAACCUACAUAUUUCAUGCAGUAUUGCUGCCAUUGGCUUCUUCCAGCUCUACUUCUACAUGGGGACACAUCUAAUCUCAAAUGGGUUGCUUCGGUUGCUGGUCUACCUCUGGCAGUUCUGGUUAAAAAUCAUUUUGUGCCCAUCUUUUCAGUCUGUAUGGCAUUGCAUUGCAGUAAGAAGUCUGGGUGGGAAAAAGGAGCAGUAGUGCUUCAGAGUUCAAUUUUGCAUGUUGCAGAAAUAUCAGAAGAUGAAAGAGACAAACUCAUUAAGAAAUAUAUGGUAUCCAUUGUCAGCAACAUUUUGUCACUUGCCUCUUGUGCAUCAGAACCCGCUCUCCCUUUUUUUUCCAGGGAUACAAUUGUGCUUGCAAUUCGAAAUGUUGUUGAUGGAUUCUUGGAGAUGGAGGAUUGCCCUACAAGUGUUGGUGUUGUUGACAAGAUUAACAUUUUCCGAUCAGAUAGAGUGUUCAUGUUUAUCGUUGAAAUGCAUUACAAAGUCACAGCAGCAGUUCAUCAUAGGCACAAAUGUCAUCGGUUGGCUGACAUUGAGGUACUCAUUGAUGUUCUUGGGCAUCGGGCUGCAGUUUCAAGCACUUCCAAUUAUCUUUUCAACUUGGUUGGACAAUUCUUUGGUUUUAAUGCUUUGCAAGACCAAUGCAGUCGCAUCAUUUCUAUGUUGCUUGAAAGUUUUAAAAGUAACCCAUCCAAAGAAAUUAUUGGUGUGCCUGGGGAACAACUUCAGUUUUUAGUAUCAAAGUUGGUUGCCUGUUGCAUUCCCUCUGAAACAAAUGCAGAGCUUUCUGGAACUCGAUCAUCUCAAGUUUUAUCUUUGCUCCACCAACUAACUAUUGGUGCUGAUCCGUCUCUUUAUGACUACAUCAGAGAAUUGGAACCAUUUCCUGAAAUAGAUAUCUUUGAUGAGAUAAGAGAAUUCCAUCAGGAAUUAUGCCGAGCCUACUCUCCAAAAGACCACUUUUUAAAGUUUGUGAAGAGAUCUUCCUACCUUCCACCAAGAUUACUUUUGUGGAGUCUUCAAGCACUUCACAAGAAAUUACUUGUGGGAGAAAUUUGUCGGGGAGAGAAGAACGUGAAAGAUGUUAUUGGAGAUACGUGUUGGCGGGCUGACCAGGAUAUUGUACAUGCAGUCUGGAACCUAGUCCACAUGUGUGGUUCAGAUGAUGCAAAUAGUGUUAGAGCAUUGGUGUCUGAUUUUAUUUCUAGGGUUGGUAUUGGAGAUCCACAUUGUGUUGUUUUCCAUCUGCCUGGAGACUAUAGUCAAAUACAUGUUUGUCGACCAAUUCAUCAUGACAGUGGUGCAGAAAUCAGUUUUCCUCUGGACACUAGCAUAUCUGAAGAACUUCUGCUUGCCCUUAUGAGACUUUUGAAGAAGUAUCUAAUGGAUGAUUCAGUUAAGAUAAUUGAUUUGACAUCUCAGACUCUUUGGGGGAUACUUUCAACUGAACGGGGCCAAAAAGCAUUACUGUCAUUUGAUUCUUAUGAGAGGUCUCUUAUUGAGGUUCACUCCAAAGGUGUCAAUGUCGAACUAGUGGAGAAGUUACUAUCGGAUCUCGAGAAAAAGUUUAAUGGUAGACCUGAAGCAAUUCCGUUGGAGAAGUCUACUAUAUGGAAGACACAUGAAAAAACUUUUGAGAUGUGGAUUUGUCCACUUGUUCACUCUCUCAUCGGUUUUUGCAACGAUACAAUUCUAAGAUUAUGUCAAGAUAUUGUGCUGCUCAAAGCUGAAGUUGCAGAGCUCCUGCUGCCCAAUGUUAUUGUCAAUCUGGCUGGAAGGAAAGAUUUGGCUGUUGAUCUGUGCAAAUUAAUCUCUUCACAGGUGCAAGAAAAUAUAUUUGUUGAGUCCAAUAGGUCAAUCAAAUCGAUUCAGGUUAUGUUAGAUGCACUUAAUGAACUCCGACUGUUUUAUGUCAUGGAAAGAACUACUUCAUCUUCAAUACCUCUCAAGCGAGAAACAUCAAGGUAUGCUAAGCCUUCUAGCUUUGGCUCAAAAUCCCGUUCUGCUACUGCAAAGGCUAAAGAUUCAUCAACUAUGUCAAGUGUCGCACUAGUAUCGACAUCUUUGUGGGAAAAGGUUUAUUGGCUUUCCAUUGAUUAUCUUGAUGUUGCUAAGUCAGCAAUUAUUUGUGGCUCAUACUUUACCUCUGUAAUGUAUGUGGAGCAUUGGUGUGAAGAGCAUUUCAACAGCCUCACUCUGGGGAAGCCAGAUUUUUCCCAUUGUGAAAUGUUACCACAUCACAUUGAAAUACUAGUCUCAGCAAUCACUCAAAUUAAUGAACCUGAUAGCUUGUAUGGGAUCAUCCAGUUGCACAAGUUAACCUCGCAAAUUAUUACCUUUGAGCACGAGGGAAAUUGGAGCAAGGCUCUGGAGUAUUAUGACUUACAAGUAAGGUCAGAACCAGUAGCAGGAAUGGAUGGCUCUUCCAGAAAUUUGUCGCCUGAACAUUCUCAACUAACAGUUCAUCCAUCAUUUAGCAAAUCAGAAGAUGUGAUUAGACAGAGGGAACCUUACAAAGGGCUGAUUAGAUCAUUGCAGAAAAUUGGUUGUACUCAUGUGCUUGAUCUGUACUGCCAAGGAUUGACUUCUCAGAAUGGCCAGUUUCAGCAUGAUUUAGAAUUCACUGAACUGCAGUAUGAGGCUGCUUGGCGUGCUGGAAACUGGGAUUUCUCCUUACUUUACAUGGGAGCUAAUUCUCCUUCUUCUAGUCAACACAUUAGAUGUGAUCAUUUCAAUGAAAACUUGCACAGUUGUUUGAGGGCAUUCCAAGAGGGGGAUUUCAAUGAAUUUCAUUCAAAACUGAAAGAUUCAAAGCAGGAGCUUGUAUUGUCUGUGUGUCAUGCAAGCGGCCAGAGUACUGAAUACAUUUACUCAACCAUAAUUAAACUUCAGAUCUUUUAUCACCUUGGCAUGGCAUGGGGUUUACGUUGGGCACCUCCAUCUGAAAAGAUAGAAACUUCUCCAGGGAUGCAAAAAGUAUUUUCUGAACCCAUCAUUCCUACAAUGGACCAGUUGUCAUGGCUGAAUACAGAUUGGAGCUCCAUUUUGAAGCGAACACAGUUGCAUAUGAAUUUGUUAGAACCAUUCAUAGCAUUCAGGAGAGUUCUGCUCCAAAUUUUGAGUAGUAAAGACUGUAUGGUUCAACAUCUUCUGCAGUCCUCUUCCACACUUCGUAAGGGUUCCAGGUUUUCUCAAGCUGCUGCAGCUCUGCAUGAGUUUAAGUUCCUUUGUAACAGAAUGGGAGAACAACAUUCUGCCUCUUAUUGGCUUGGAAGGCUUGAAGAAGCUAAGCUUUUGCGUGCCCAAGGUCAGCAUGAGAUGGCCAUCAACCUCGCAAAAUAUAUAUCACAAAAUUCACAGUUGAAUGAAGAGGCUUCAAAUGUGUAUCGCUUGGUUGGGAAGUGGCUUGCAGAAACUCGAUCUAGCAACUCAAGAACUAUUUUAGAAAAGUACUUGAAACGUGCAGUUUUACUUGCUAAGGAUAACAAGAACACAGACAAGAAGACCAUAGAAAGACAAAGCCAAACACACUUUCAUCUUGCACAUUAUGCAGAUGCUUUAUUUAGGAGUCAUGAGGAAAGACUUGCCUCUAAUGAAUGGCAAGCAGCAACAAGGCUAAGGAAACACAAGACAAUAGAACUGGAAGCACUAAUCAAACGACUGAGAAGUUCAUCAAAGGGGGAGAAGACUGACUAUUCAGUAAAAAUUCAAGAGUUGCAGAAGCAACUUGCAAUGGAUGCAGAGGAGGCUGAAAAAUUGCAGGACGACAGAGACAACUUCCUCAGCCUAACAUUGGAGGGAUAUAAACGCUGUUUGGUCUUAGGUGACAAAUAUGAUGUAAGAGUGGUAUUUCGACUAGUUUCUCUGUGGUUCAGUCUCUCUUCUAGACAAAAUGUCAUAAAUAUGAUGCUUAGUACAGUUCAAGAGGUUCAGUCUUACAAGUUUAUCCCACUAGUUUACCAAAUUGCUUCGAGAAUGGGGAGCUCAAAAGAUGGUCUGGGUCCUCAUAGCUUUCAGUUUGCUUUGGUUUCUCUUGUGAAAAAGAUGUCCAUUGAUCAUCCAUACCAUACAAUCUUCCAGCUUUUAGCUCUGGCAAAUGGUGACCGUAUCAAGGACAAACAGCGUAGUAGAAACUCUUUCGUGGUUGAUAUGGAUAAAAAGCUUGCAGCAGAAAACCUCUUAAAAGAGUUAUCUUCAUGUCAUGGAUCUAUUAUCCAACAAAUGAAACAAAUGGUGGAGAUCUACAUCAAACUUGCUGAACUAGAGACAAAAAGAGAGGACACCAAUAAAAGGGUAAUGCUACCAAGAGAAAUUCGUAGUCUUCGACAACUUGAACUUGUACCUGUAGUGACAUCCACUUUCCCAGUAGAUCGUAAUUGCCAAUAUCAUGAGGGCUCCUUCCCCCACUUCAAAGGAUUGGGAGAUUCAGUUAUGAUAAUGAAUGGUAUAAAUGCUCCAAAAGUGGUUGAAUGCCUGGGUUCUGAUGGCCAAAAAUAUCGGCAACUUGCAAAAUCUGGAAAUGAUGACCUGCGGCAAGAUGCUGUUAUGGAACAAUUUUUUAGUUUAGUAAAUACUUUUUUAGAGAACCAUCGGGACACAUGGAAAAGGAGAUUAAGAGUGCGCACAUACAAGGUUGUACCUUUCACCCCUAGUGCGGGCGUUCUUGAAUGGGUAAAUGGUACUCUUCCUCUUGGUGAAUAUCUUAUUGGAAGCACGAGGAAUGGAGGUGCCCAUGGACGCUAUGGAAUGGAAGACUGGUCAUUUUCCAAAUGCCGGGAGCACAUGACCAAUGAAAAAGACAAGCGCAAGGCAUUCCAGGAAGUCUGCAAGAACUUCAGACCUGUCAUGCAUAAUUUUUUCUUGGAGAGAUUUUUACAACCAGCUGACUGGUUUGAGAAGCGCCUCGCUUACACAAGGAGUGUAGCAGCUAGUUCAAUGGUGGGAUACAUUGUUGGACUUGGAGAUCGACAUUCCAUGAAUAUACUUAUUGAUCAAGCCACUGCCGAAGUUGUUCACAUAGAUCUUGGUGUUGCCUUUGAACAAGGCCUGAUGCUCAAAACACCAGAGAGGGUUCCAUUUAGGCUGACAAGAGACAUAAUAGAUGGAAUGGGAGUUACUGGGGUAGAGGGGGUUUUCAGAAGAUGUUGUGAGGAAACUCUUUCUGUCAUGCGAACAAAUAAAGAAGCACUGCUAACCAUUGUUGAAGUUUUUAUCCAUGAUCCCUUAUAUAAGUGGGCUCUCUCUCCGCUGAAGGCUUUGCAGCGUCAAAAGGAAACUGAUGAUGAUUUGGAGACUAGCUUGGAAGACUUGGAAGAGGAAUAUGAAGGGAACAAAGAUGCUGCACGAGCACUGUUGCGUGUCAAACAAAAACUUGAUGGAUAUGAAGAGGGUGAAAUGAGAAGUGUGCAUGGGCAGGUUCGACAACUGAUACAAGAUGCCAUCGAUCCUGAUCGUUUUUGCCGAAUGUUUCCUGGAUGGGGUGCUUGGUUGUGAUGAUAGUUGAUCAACAUCUUAGCCCUACCGCCACCCAAUAAUCUUGUAUAGGCGGCCUUUUGGUUAUUUCCAUGUGAAAACUGAGGUAAUAAGACUAUGUAUUGGGUGCGGUUGAUGCCAGUAUGCUUGCAACCUUGUUUGUUAACCACCCUUUUGAAGAGGCAUGCUCUACUUCUGUAAAUAUAACAGUUAUCUUCGCCACCCCCUGGUUUUGUUUUUCCUAUUGCUGUAAGUGGGACUGACGCCAUGGCCUUUUUCUGAGUACUUGCACGGAUCAAUCAGGGUAUGAUGCCUUACUAGGGAAUCAUUAUUGUUCUUACUAAAUGAAUUGCAUUUAUGCCUGGC